GAUCCGGUUGAAGUCACAUGAUCGCUCAUUAUGGCCAUGCAAACUAGGCAGCUUAAAUCCAGGCCCUGCUUGGGCUAACAUCAGACAUUCAAAUAGCCGUGCUUUUCUAGAGACAUGGGACAAGGCAGUCACGGGGGGACCUUUCCUUAGCAGCGACAGACGGCAACACACACUACAAAGGAGCUAUCAUUGUCAAAUAUGAACAGAAACUAUACUCUCUUUUCGGAUGGUUUGAACUUUUCCCUUUCGUUGCUUUGCGGAGGUUGUGUGUUAUAAAUGAAAACUGAAGUUUUCCGUGAAUUGUUGAUACCUACGGCGAACGGGUGCCACACCUUCAUUUAGCGCAACAGCUUCACUACCCAGCUGGCCAGAUGGGGUGCCAAUGCUGUCGGAUGCUGAAAAGUUACAUCUACGAUCCGACCGCUCAGGUGGACGUCCACGGCCGGAAGAGGGACCCGGCUGAGAGCUCCCUCUACCAGUCCCACCACCUACCAGGAGACAGCGGGAACCAGUUCAACAUCAAGCAGAACCAGGGCUUCCACAACCUGGGCUUCAGCAACAAGUACACCGAAAGAGGAGGUGGCGGAAGCCUCAAGCUGGAGAUCGACAACAACCACAUCAACAAGCUCCACGCCGUGCCCACCAAUCCAGAGAGGGAGUUGGGCACGGGGCUGGCAGCCAAGCCUCAUGUGGGAGAGGGUGGUGGAGAUCUAUAUAUCCUCCAUCCAGAGGGCCAGGUGCCAAGACGAGAUCCAUCCAAGGGCCUCAAUCUAGUCCGAGUCUAUCCCAACACACCCUCCCUGGAUCUUACUCUCAAUCUGACCCACUCAGGUGACACUGACUCUCACCCAGACAAGAUUAGGAUGGUCCGGAACUUCUCAGACCCCUCCAUCGGGGACAGGUAUGGGGUGGGGUGCAACACCUCAUCAGUGGACGAGCUGGACGAGGGGGUGGGGGGCACGCCGGAGUACCUGGGCGACACGGGAGAUGAGCAGAGUGUCCUGUCUGUGGACAUUCAAACCAGUACGACUAGCCUGUCCUCGGCAGACACAAACGACGAUAGGGGGGCGCCGGACGCCACUACCAUAGAGAAUGGGAUCGGGAUCUCAGUGAAGAAGAGCGAGGAUGAGGGGAAGGAAGGGGAAGACGAUGACGUGCAGAGCGUCACAGACUCUAUGGUGGCAGAAGCUCUGGCUGCUCUAGAGGCAGCGACUGCCGGGGAGGACUAACUGUCAAAAACCUCUUAAUAGGUCCAAAAAACACAAUCUAACAUCUAUUCAGCUUCAGUAUCUGAUGGGGCCGAAUGAGGAGAUUCUGAUGUAUCUUUUAACAUGUCACAUGGGUAUAUCAAUGUUGUCUGCACUCUCAGGAGAAGGAGAGAAGACUCUUGGCGCUCGACUGUGAAUAUUCCCCGCGUCCUAAUCCCCAAUAUAUGGUACAUAUUAAACUUCCUGGUCUUCAGCUGUACAAUCUACAUUUCUAGAACUUGUAUCUCUAUAUUCUGUCCUAUAAAAUGCAGCUCUGCGCAGCUUCUAGAACUUCUAUCUCUAUAUUCUGUCCUAUAAAAUGCCGCUCUGCACAGCUUCUAGAACUUCUAUCUCUAUAUUCUGUCCUAUAAAAUGCCGCUCUGCACAGCUUCUAGAACUUCUAUCUCUAUAUUAUGUCCUAUAAAAUGCAGCUCUGCACUGCUUCUAGAACUUCUAUCUCUAUAUUCUGUCCUAUAAAAUGCCGCUCUGCACAGCUUCUAGAACUUGUAUCUCUAUAUUCUGUCCGAUAAAAUUCAGUGGGCACUCAGUACUUGCCAUGGCUUUGUUUGUCUUCAGGGAGCUUUGCUGUGCUUCAUUAUAUAAACACACUGACAGGCCAUCUCCAGCUACCUAUUGGUGUAUCAUAUCCAUGUUGUUGUUGUUUACCUGUUUUACGAUGUUAUUUAUAUAAUGACUGGUUGGCCCAGACCUUUCUAGUUCAAUACAUGUCAGAGGGAGAGCUUGUUUAGCUAAGAUUCCACUCCUUUCGCAAUGACGCAUAGUGCAAGGAGUGGAAUGUUAGCCUGGGUACCAGUCUGUUUAGCUAUGUCCGAGACAUUUCCCAAACUUUGGAGAGGAGAGCAGACAUGUUAAAGACCAUAGAGAGAGAGGUAGUCGGUUCACUUUACAACCUCCCAUUGUGGAGCAUACUGGGCUGACCUCAUGACACCUUACGACAGGAAGUAGGUAUAUAAAUGUCACAGAUAUACGUAGCAUCUCUGUAUCCGUAUCCCGUAUCCCGUAUCCCGUAUUCACUCGAAUGCAAACCUUCCACAUUUGUGAUGGGUCUUUGUUUCAGUGAAGGAGAAUUAUAUUGAUUUAUUUUUUAUUUAUCGGAACUGUCCUUUUAAAGUCUUUGUUUCUUUGCCAAAAUCAUUUCUAUUCAAAUGUAUAUGUACAUAAAAUGCAUUUAGAAGUUUAAUUUGCUAUGUACUGUCAAGAAGCCUUAAAUUAUUUUUUAAAUCGAAGCACAGAUGUUUUCAGGGGCACAAUAUAAAAAAAGAUUAAAAAAAAUAAUUGGCCAUGUUUCUCUGGUCGCUCACUAAUCUCGAUAUUCCUCUUGUACACAUCCCCCUCCCUUUUCUCAAACUCGUUCCUUUUUUCCAGUCUCUUUCUACCAGAUUCAAUCGCUCCAUCUCUCUCAAGGAUGUGCAACAAAUACAAAACCCCCACUCUGUUAACACCUGUGUAGCCUUGGUGUGUGUGUGUGUUAUUCCUCUGAGAUCUAAGUGUGUUUAGGAGAUCGUAGCUGAAAUGUUUCUCUGACAGCCCUCUGAUAUUCCUUGCCACCAGAACCCUGGGACCAGGCCUAACUACGGCCCUUGGGGCGUUACUCAGGCCAAAAGGAGACGCCAGGGACUUACAAACACCUGAUUACACCCGGGCUAAGGCGGUGAACAUGCUAACUUUGGCUCACCACAUGAUAGCUAUUAGUGUGUCUCUCCCAACCUCCCCUCGCAGUUGGAGAGGAGACACAGAAAUAUCCCCAUCUUGUGAUGUUUCUUUUUGUAGCCACAUUAUCUCUCCCAUCUCCUUUUCUCUACUAAGAGUUUGUCUCCGGUUAAUCACACACCAUCCCUCUCGCCGUAAAGACACGGUUUUGUUUAGUUUUUUUUGGGGGGGGGGCAUCUGUUUCUGUGGUAAUAAAGUGUUGCUUCUACUUUAACAUAUAACAGUGGCCUUCCUCUUAAUAUCUCCAUGUCAACUCCUUCACAAUAACAACCUCUUUCUCACGGUGCCCUAAAGUGACUGCUCAAACAGAGGUUACCAUCUGAUCUGCUGUUUGAGGUGUAAACUUGCUUGUUUUAUUAGAAGGAAAACCUAAAUGUGCCCGUCUGACUCAGCUACUAAACUCUCCCAGAGAGGUUACAUGAUGUAAUAACAGCUCACAGUUAAUCUUACUACUGACUGCCUGACUGUCUGAGUGACUAACUGCCUGAGUGACUGACUGACUGCCUGACUGAGUGACUAACUGCCUGAGUGACUGACUGCGUGAGUGACUGACUGCCUGAGUGACUGACAAACUGACUGAGUGACUGGCUGACUGAGGGACUGACUGACUGCCUGACUCCCUGAGUGAUUGACUAACUGACUGAGUGACUGGCUGACUGACUGACUAUGAGUGACUGACUGACUAUGAGUGACUGACUGACUGACUGCCUGUCUGCGUGAGUGACUGACUGACAGUAGGGGGUUUCAUGGUCUGUGAUGUCACAGAGCAGGUUAAAUGAACUACUACCCCUUCAGCCGUCUUGGGGUCUACUUUUGGUGUGUGUGUGUGUGUGUGUGUGUGUGUGUGUGUGUGUGUGUGUGUGUGUGUGUGUGUGUGUAUGUGUGUGUGUGUGUGUGUAUAUUAACAAUACACAGAGGGUUACAGUUUCAACACUGACGUCUGCGGUUGACGGUCAGGUAGAAAUCUAUAUGUUGAAGAGUUAAUGGCGCUUUGUCUGCCCAAAACCUGUACAGUAGAUGGUCUAUUUUCCAUUAUAUAACAGAACAGCACAGUAUCCUUGUGAAGAAGCACAGACUACAGUGGGUCAGAAAUGUAUUGUAUGAUUUCUGUAAAAUUCUCAUAAAUAAAAUAACCAUGAAAAUAA